ACGGCGGCGUCUGGAGAAGAGCCUGGGCUCCUGACCGGGUACAGAGGAUCGGAUGGGGAACAUCAAAAGUGAUUAGGAUCAUGGCAGCAGAUGAUGAAAAUGGUGAUAGAACGGAUUUAUUUGGUGUCCUCUUGGCCUCUCCUCUUAAGAAUAAUGAUGAAAGUUCAUUGGACAUUUAUGCUGGACUGGAUAAUAUUCUAACUGAUAAUUCUUCCAAACCCUGCCCACCAUCGAAGAAUUGCUUAGAUCUGUACGAGGAGAUUUUGACUGAAGAAGGAACUGCAAAGGAAGCAACAUAUAAUGACUUGCAGCUUGAGUUUGGAAAAUGUCAGACGCAAAUUAAAGAUCUAGUGAAGAAGUAUAAAGAAAUACAGGCACAGAAUUACAGCUUACAACAUGAGAACGAAUCUCUUAAGAAGAAUAUUUCAGCACUUAUCAAAACUGCCAGAGUGGAAAUAAAUCGCAAGGAUGAAGAAAUUAAUAGUCUCCACCAAAGACUUUCAGAAUUUCCACAUUUUCGAAAAAGCCACUUGAGAAUCAACCCUCCAGGAUCAGCAAGUUCAAGGUCCGCAGAUACAACUAAAACAAAAGAUCUCAAGCUCAGAUCUCCACGGUUAGAUGAUAGUCCCAAGGCUGAUCAUCGAGUGAAAAAUGACUCUUCCAAAGAUGUACAUCAUAGCACUUUAUCACCAAACCAAGAAAAAGAAGUUAAAUCACACUGUGAAAAAAGAAGCACUUCACAUUUACCUACAUCUACUGAAAAGCGUUACAAUGGUGGCAUUUGGUCAAAUCACCAUAAUCAGGUCACAGAAGAUAUUUUAGAUGAUGAUGGUAGAAGAGGAAGAAAAGAAGUAAAAAAUUGUGAACAAUACAAUAGGGGAGCUGAUAGAAUAAGAAAAGGUUCCUUUCAUAGUAGCGGUGGAAACGGAGAAAAGAGAAACAUAGAUGUUGAUCGAAGGCCACAAGAUCCUCGUGAUAAAUGUGAUAAAAUUGAGCCAAAGCCAGAAAAUAAGAAUUCAAAAUUGAAAAGCAGCCCAGAUUUGGAUUCUAGAAGUGACUGGAAUAACUCUUCCUGGGAAAAAGAGGCACCUAAAGGAAGGUCACACAUUCGAGUAGAUUCUCAGAGUGAUGAAAGACUAGAAAGACAAAGUGAAAGGUCACAGAACUUAAAUAGAAAAGAACCUAGGUCAUAUGACAAAGAUGAUAGAAAAGGUGAUCCAAAAUCCAAAUUGAUAGGAAAGGAUCAUGAACAGUGGAGAAGAUUUGAAAGAGUACCCCCUCCCCAUUCAUGGAGUGAAACAGCAAGAAGUUUUCAUAGAUCAGGUAAACCCCAUAUAGAAGAUAGAAGAGGGAGGGAAUCAGAAUUUAAAAGAGACAGAAAUAUAAAUGAUUAUGGCUUUCAAGACAGAAGAUCUCCAAAUGAUUAUGGCUUUCAAGACAGAAGAUCUCCAUCUUCUGUUUCAAGCAGUAGGACGCACAAAUACUUUGACUCCAAGGAAGGUGACACUAAAUACCAUCCAUAUUCAAAAACAGAAAGGCACAGAACUGAAGAUAAAAGGAAAAGGGAGAAAGAAAGCCAUGAAAACAGACAUUCCCGAUGUGAAAGAAAAAUGCCCAUGGAACAUUUACAGAAGACUGAAAAGGAAAUUAAAAAAACUGUUGUUGAUUCAAAGAGAAGGAAUGAACAAAAUGACAAAAAUGAAGUUUCAAAAGUUGAAGAAAUUUCUGAAGGAAAAGAUAGGAAGGAACUCAAGAAAGUUGAAAAUGGCCAGAAUGAGACAAAAAGUAACCUAAAGUUAAGUUUUAUGGAAAAAUUAAAUUUAACUCUUUCUCCUGCUAAAAAGCAAUUUCUGUGCCAAGAAGAUAAGAUUAAUGUAAAUGAUACCCCUAAAUCCAGUGACACACAUGCUUCUGAAACUUCAUUGAAGGCAAAACCAGUGAAACUAUCAAUGGCUAUGAAUAUUGAUCGUAAAGAAGAAACCAAGUCAUGGUUACUAGAACAAAAUGGUGUUAUACUGGCAAGCUCCAAAUCCAAAGUCAACAUUUCUGAAAACAAAAUAAAGAAUGCAAAUGAUUCUUUAGUAAAAUCUUCUGGGGACGAUGUGCCUUGUGACUUGCCUGUUUCUAGUAAAGAAUCACUACUUCAACCACAAAUGGAAAUGCUAGAAACAGUAAAUGAUAAUGCAGCUCCUGUUUUAAUGGAUGUACUACAUGUAGCCGUUCCUUGCAACUUUAGCUUGGAAUUGGAGAAUGUAAGCAAUAAUGAAUUAGACUCCUCUGUUGUUCCUGAAAGUAUUAAUAGUAUUAAGUCAAACCCUUCAGUGGAGGUGACUGAUACUGGUGAGAACAGUAUAAAGCUUCCUACUGGAAAACAUCCUAUUGUUUCAACACUGUCAUCAAAGAAUGGUGAUUCUAAAUCUGAGCCACCUGUUGAAGCUAUACCUCUUGUUGAGAAUGAUGCUUGUAAUGUGGAACUGUGUUUACCCAAGCAAAACUUAGAACCAUAUCUUCAAGUGAAUAUUGACAGUAGAAUAGAAGUUGGAGAAGCAAACUCAGAGUACCAUGAUGAAAAUUCUGUUAUGAGCAUUGAUCUCAAUCAUAUGAGACCUAUUCCAAACAUCAUUAGUCCACUGAAUAGUCCAAUUCGUCCUGCAGCUAAAAUUCUAAGGAUGGAAAGCCCAGGCAAAGUUCCAGUGUUAAAAAAUAACCAUAAGGAUUUGGUUCCAGCUAAUAUGGUUAGCUCUCCAUCUAAGAAUUUAUCAAAUGAACUCAACAAAGAAAAUCAAAAGCCAGUUUGCAAACCUGAUAAAUGUUCAGAAGUAAACCCCCAUACAGAUUUGUCUUCAGAUGAACUUGAAGAAGGAGAAAUUGUAAGUGACAGUGAAAGAUCUAAACCACAAAGAAAUUUUGAAAAUAAUAAAAAUGCCAAACCAAGAACUUCUGCUGAAGCGCAGAGCACAAAUAAUAGUCCUCAAAUCAGAAAAACUGGCACUGUACAUUUGGAUGAAGGCACUGGAAAUAAAGUUUCUGUCAAAGUCCAUCAAAUCAAGAACAAGAAGGAUAAACCAUCAAAUGAUUCUACUAAGUUUUCAAAGACAGAAAAUAAAGGAAAAACAGUGAGUACUUCUUGCCUGGAAAAGAUAGUUCAGAUUAUUGUUGAGCCCUCUUCUGUUCAAGAGGUUAUGCAAAUGCUAAAAGUUAUAAGAAAGCAUGUUAGGAAAAAUUAUAUGAAGUUCAAGAUAAAAUUUUCACUACAACAAUUUCAACGGAUUAUUGAAUCUGCGAUUUUGAAUUUUACAUCACUGAUCAAAUACUUGAAUUUGUCUAAAAUAUCUAAGUCAGUGGAUACUUUACAACAAAGUCUCUGUGAUGUUAUAGAAUCUAAACUUAGGCAGGUUAAAAAGAACGGCAUAGUUAAUCGUUUGUUUGAACAGCAGUUGCCAGAUAUGAAAAAGAAGUUGUGGAAGUUUGUAGAAGAACAACUGGAUUAUUUGUUUUCAAAACUGAAGAAGAUUUUGAUAAAGUUCUGUGAUUCCACAAGUUUGGGAAGUGACAGUGAUGAAGGAAAACUUGACAUGGCAAAUAAAGAUAAAUCAAAAAGCUCAGUUAAUCAGAGAGAGAAUGUAGAUCAUUCUAACAAAGGAUCUUUGAAAGUCAAAUCUCAAAAGACAGAGCAGUUAAUCCACCACAGAUCAAUGCUGGAAUGUCAGAAACCUGAAAAAACACAUUACCAAGAUCAAAAAAUCCCCACACCCAGUGCAUUGAAGCAAAGUACUGAAAAAUGUUUAAAUACCUCUACAGAUAGUACAAAGGACUUUCCAUCCAAAGUGUCAUCUAUAGAACAAAAUGAAUUUCAUAGUACUCUGAUUUCCAUGAAAACUACUGAAAAUGCAAUAGAAGGUGCAGAGACAGCCAAAAACUUGAAUAAGAAAGUAGAACAUAGUUUUGAAAUUCUUACAGAGCAACAGGCAUCUAGUCUGACUUUUAAUUUAGUGAGUGAUGCUCAGAUGGGUGAAAUAUUUAAAAGUUUGUUGCAAGGUUCUGAUCUUUUGGAUCAGAGUGUUAACUGUAUUGAAAAGUGUCAGUGGGAAUUGAAGACACCAGAAAAACAGCCUUCAGAGAGUCAGAAGAGUGAACUUAUCCCAGGUUGUCAUAUAGAAGAAGUUUCAGGAGUGUCUUCUCCAAGUCUUAAAACAAUUGUUGAUCUUAAUUGGUCUUCCUCAUCAUUUGAAAAGACUCCAUCUCUUUCAUCCAGACUUCAGUUGCCAGUUCAUCCUGAUGUACUAGAUGAAAGUUGUAUGUUUGAGGUUUCUACUUGUGUAGCUUUGAGUAAAGAGAAUGGGUGCAGUGCAGAAAAGAGUAAGUCCUGCAUUUCUUCAAUCCUUCUUGAAGAUUUAGCAGUCUCUCUAACUGUACCAUCACCUCUGAAGUCAGAUGGCCAUCUUAGCUUUCUGAAGCCCGAAACUUCAUCGAGUUCAACUCCUGAAGAAGUUAUUAGUGCCCAUUUUAGUGAAGAUGCACUACUUGAAGAAGAAGAUGCCACUGAACAAGAUAUUCAUUUAGCUUUGGAGUCUGAUAAUUCAAGCAGUAGGUCAAGCUGUUCAUCAUCAUGGACAAGCAGGCCUGUUGCCCCUGGCUUUCAGUAUCAUCCUAAUCUACCAAUGCAGGCUGUCAUAAUGGAGAAGUCCAAUGAUCAUUUCAUUGUUAAAAUUCGACAUGCAGUACCACCUUCCUCAUCAGGUCUUGACCAAAAUAAAACAAGUGAACAGUCUGCAGUGUCUUUACAUGAAGCAGAGAAAGAAACCAUUGGGACUGUAGAAAAAAGUAUUUCUUGUCAGAACUCUACAAUUCAGUCUGUGGAAGAAUCAGAAAAUUCUAAGACAAAUGUAAAUACUGAUAAUUUGGCUAAUGAAAAUCAGAGUUCUAUUGUACAAACACAAGUUCCUGAUAUAUAUGAGUUAUUUAAAGACCCAUCAGAUAAAGUAGAUCACAAAAGUGAAACUAUAGGUGAAUGUUUUGAAUUGAAUCAAAUGUGGGAACCAAAGGUUCCUGAAAGCAUCAAAGAGUUGCCGAUAGUUGUGGAAGUUCCACAACAUGUAGAGUGUAGUCUUGAGAGCUCAUUCAUAGACUUAACAAAGCCUUCUUCCAUUGAGAUUGAAAAUCUAGGGAAACUGGCAACAGACUCCAGUCUAAAUAUUGAUCAUUUGGAAUGUCCGGCAGACAGAUUGGAUCAAGAAAGAAUUACCCAUGAGCCUUCACAACAUGUUGCUAAAGAUAUAUUUAUUGAUUUGACAGAAGAGAUUUCAAAUGAUAGUAAAGUAAAUGAGAGUGAGUCUGCUUUGCCUGUGACAAGUUUAGAUGAAGAUAACAGUAAAAAAGAAAAGGAACAUCUGACAAAUGAACCUUUGGAAUGUGUUGUUGAGAGUACAUAUAUUGAUUUGACAGUAGAUCCUCCCAGUGAGAGUAUAUUAAGUAAAGAUAAUAGAUUAGAAUCUACGUUAAAUCAUGAUCAUUUAGAAUGUGAUGAAGUUUCAGUAAACAUGCAGAAAAAGCGAAAAAACCAUUCUGAUCUAAAUUAUUCCACUAAAAAAAAACAAAGAAUUGAAACCGAAUUAUCCACUGAAGAAAAGAAAAGUACUGACAGUUCUGAAGAUAGUGAUGUGGCUCACCAAAAGACAUCUAAUAAGAAGAAAGCAAUUUCAGAGAAUAAAGAUGCCUCAUUAUCAACCUUUCCCUCUCCUACAAGUCUUUCGGCAAAGAAUGUUAUUAAAAAAAAGGGAGAAGUUGUGAUUUCAUGGACAAGAGAUGAUGACAGGGAAAUUUUGUUGGAGUGUCAGAAAAGCGGACCAUCAGGAAAAACUUUUACUUUCCUAGCUACCAAGUUGAAUAAAAGUCCAAAUCAGGUUUCAGAAAGAUUCCAGCAAUUAAUGAAGCUCUUUGAAAAGUCGAAAUGCAGGUAGUUGAUGCUUCUUGACGGUCUUCAGACUGAUUUCUUCAGCAGUUUUUCUGUUCAGAGUGACAAGCUUGCUGCAUAAAUCUCCGAAAGUAGCUCACAAACUACUUGCAAAAGUAGUUUAGAACAGAGGUGUCAGAUACACAGCCUGCAAAGUUCCCAAGUAGGGUCUGAAUCACUUUAAAAUACUUAAAUUGGGAAAUACUUAAUACAAUAAAUAAAAAUAAAAUAAAACAUAAACAAUAUAGCAUUCAAAACUAAAUCAGUAUGCAGACUGCAAAGAUGCGUAUUGUAUGGAUUAAUGGCUUCUGUAUCUAUUUGAGUUUCACACCCCCAGUUCAGAAAAUAAAAUUGAAUUUGUGAAAGGUUAAACAGAACAACUGACAUAGUUUAGAAAUGUGUUAUAUAGUUGAACAUAUAUGCUUUAAUUCUGAUUUUGGAGAGAUUUCUAAAGAACUGUUAAAAAGUCUUUUGUGGUUUGUAUUUGGCACAAAGCUGUCAAGAUUUUUGCAAAGAUUUAUUCUCAUUUAUUGUAAAGUAACAUGCAGUAGUGGAGAAAGAGAAUCAGGAAGACAUGGAUUCAAGUGCUGCCUCUCGUAUACACUGGCUAUAUGACUCUGGUCAGUUGACUUAAAUUCACAAUGCCCCUGGGAAUUCUCUUAAGAUUUUAAGUAGUAGGAGAGAUGGAGAUCAUGGAGAUCUGCAUUAGGACAGUGAGUUUUCUCUCUGAGAAGCUCCCCACACCAAUAAAAUCACAGGUCUAGACCAAAAAUUAUUUUGAAAAUCUCUCUUGACCUUUGAGUUUUCAUUAUUAGUUAGAUGUUAUUUGAAAGUACAUAUUAUAUUCAGUUGUGAAUAUUUAAUAAUGUUUGUUAAACUAUUUUUAUUCUAGAUGAUGAUACCGCAAUUUAAACUGAGUCCUUAUUUUAGGCUACACUUGAACUAUUGUGCUACUUUGUUCUUACUUAAUUCUUACAAGUUUAGACUGGCUUAUAUUAUUUUCUCAAAUACUGUUAGUCUCAUUAUAGUCUCUUGGUGAAAGUAAAAAAAAAUUAAAUUAUAAAGUUGGCCUUUUUACUCAAAUCUUAAGUUUAAUGGCAUUAUCUAAAUUAUCUAUCUAUACAAAAGAGCCACCCUUUAAGAAAUUUGAGUAUCAGAAAGAUAGGAUAAUAAUAUUUAGCCUCUUCCUUGCUUUACAGAUAAUUUGCUGAAUUCCUUGGAGUCAUAAUUGACACUUUGUACUACAUGGAAGUUCAAAAUCCUCGUACUUCAAAUAAAUCUACUGAAAAGUCUGUGGACUUUUUUAAAAAGUAGGCUUUAAUCCCUCUGGCAUUUCUAUAUUUUUUUUUUCCAUUCAUUGACUCAGUUCGAUUUUUUAGUUAUUUCAGUGACAAAUAAACCUGAUAUAAGUCAGGCUGCUAUUUUUUUCACGUUUCUAGCUGAAUAAUUUACAUGUUUUUGUGAUAUAGUUAUUUUCUAACAUGUUAAGAUGCCCAUAUCUGUAUGAAAAUGUAAGUGGCAUCACUUUGAUCGUAUAAAAAGUUUGCCUUUGAUUUUUCAAAAUAACAAUGCACCUGAAACUCCAACUUACCACCCCCAGUUUCAUGGGGUUUGGUUUUUUAACUAUAAAUGUAUUUAUAGAUUUAUAUCAGUUUUUUUCAUGCUUCUACUUAUGUCUCCUUAUUUUGGUAAAUUGUAAAAACUCUUUAAAAUGUUUUUGUAAAUAUGUAUAAAUCCAUGUGUGGAUGUAUAAAAACCCUUGUGACUGAGUGAGUGAGUGUGUGUGUGUGUGUGUGUACAUAUAUAUAUAUAUACAUAUACAUAUAUGGCUUUGCCUAGCCAAAGAUUUUUAACUGUAUAAAUUUUUUUUGUAUAAUUUAAGUUUGAUUACUGUAAAAUUAAUAUGACAAAAUAAAACUUGGAAAGUUG